UAGCCUCCCUUGGGUCCUUUCUCUGCUGUUCGUUGCAGAUGAAACUCAAGCACUCAAAUCAAUCAAAAGGUUUGUUUACUCUUUCUUGGAAAGAAUUUUCUUGAUGAUUCUACUUGUCUUGCUCUAGGUCUGGUUCGGGGUCUUUUGAUUUCCACCUAAAAACCCAUUUCAGUUUCAAUCGCUUUCAUUUCUUCUUGAUUUUGUGAUUUUGUUUUUCUUCUGCUGGGACUAUAAGAGGAAGAUUUUCGUUCUGUGUCCCCAAACCACUCCAAUGGCGAAUCCCGACCUUCCCCAAACCAAGAAGCUUCGUCAGACGGUUCAAUUUCAACCAAGAUGGGAAAACCUAAACGUGGACUGUUUGGCAAAUGUGUUUGGAAGAGUUGGUAUCACGGCAUUGCUCUUGGGUGUCCCUUUCGUGUGUAAGUCUUGGUACAGAGCAAGCCUCGACUCUGCAUGUUGGCAACGUCUCAUUUUGCCUGAUGUUGAUACUGAGAUUGACCUUGGAAAUGAGGGAUUUUGGAAUUCUGACAAUGAAAUUGAAGCUGUGGUUGACAGAAGACUAGAGCUUUUCCGUUUCGAUACCUUGAUGCGCAGAUUUGUAUGGGGAUAUCAAAUUGAUCAUAAUUGCUUUUCUGAGACUCAAUUCAUAAUGUUUGUAGUCAAUCGUAGCAGAGGACAGGCUACUUUCCUCAGGCUGCCUCCACUCUGUCAAAUUGCAUUAUUGAAUCGUGUUGCAGAUGUGUGUCAUGGACUGAAGGGUUUGUCUUUGCAUCGCUGUUCACUGAUCUAUUCAUCAAGCAUUAUCCCAGAGCUGAUUGGAAAGUGUAAACAUUUGGAGCUGUUGUCAUUGAGGGGGGGCAGUAAUAAUUUGAAGGAACUCCUUUUGCAGAUCAGCAUUCACUUACUUGAGCUUGAGGAAGUCAUACAUACAUCGGGAUAAUCUUGUCACAUUAUUCCGGUGCUGCAAAGAACUUGUGCUUUUGGAUGCUAGAGAUUGCUCUGGUUUUGAUGGCGGCGAUGUUGAAAUAUUAGCGCUUGCUUCUCAAAUUGAUAAGUUCAGCUGUGAGGGUUCUAGAAAUGGUGACUGGAAAUCAUGACGCUCUUUCUUGGGAAUGUGUUUGGAAGAGUUGGUAUGACGUCAUUGCCGUUGAAUGUUCCUUUCGUGUGCAAGUCUUGGUACAGUACAGAGCAAGCCUAAACUCUGCAUGCUGGCAACAUCUCGUUUUCCCUGAGGUUGAUACUGAGAUUGACAUUGACACUCAUGCUUUGGGGUUCUGACGAUGAAUCUAAAGCUUAGAUUGACAGGGGAAUUGAUCGUUGCUGUUUUGAAACCUUUAUGAAUAGAUUUUUAUGUGAAUAUCGAAUCCAUGAUAGUUGUUUUUCUGGCACUCAAUAUAUAAAGUUUGUAGUCAAUCGUAUCAGAGGACAUGCAACUUUCUCAGAAGAAGCGUCAAUGUUUGAGAGUAAGUAUCAUGGUCACCGGGUGAAGUUAUUUUUGGUAUUGGUAAGUCUUGAUGAGUAUUUAAUCAACUGCAGUUUCAAAACUGAGAUUGAACUACAGAACUUUCCAUGCCAAUGUCCAAAUUUUCACUGAUGACAGAUUACUACGGAACAUAAGUCACACGUGGUCAACAUCCACUGCAAGAUUUUUUAUGGUUUACACGUGUUCAGUGCUUGUAUUGCAUUAAUAGAGAGAAGGCAUUGGCAAUUGUCAACCUGGUGGUUCCGUUUUUUA